AUGGACCCAACACCACCUCCGCGCAAAGCUCGGUUGGGAGUUAUCGUACCGUCAUCAAAUACAGCAUUGGAACCGUUAACGCAGCAAAUGAUUCUCGGUCUUGCACAGGAGGGUAUAAAAGCUAGCCUCCAUUUUGCGAGAUUCCGCGUUACGAAGAUUGAACUCUCUGACGAUUCAAAAUCCCAAUUUACCCUGGAGUCAAUGCUUGAGGCAGCGGGACUAUUAGCCGAUGCGAAAGUCGAUAUCAUUGGCUGGAGCGGCACAUCCGCAUCCUGGCUCGGGUUUUCUUCCGAUGACACUUUAUGUCAAAUGAUCGAGAAUACCACCGGCAUUCCAGCAACAUCAUCGGUCUUGGCAAUGAGGGAUAUCCUACUUCAAAGCGUGGCUCCAGAAAUCGGCCUCGUGACACCAUAUAUAACAGAGGUUAAUGCUGCCAUUUGCGACAACUUUGCAAAAGAAGGGCUGUCUAUAGCAGGAACAAGAUCUCAAUGCUCCGGCUUGACGUCAAACUUUGAUUUCGCGGCUGUUCAAGAGCAAGAGUUGGAUGGAAUGGUCUCACAGGUUGUCACAAACGGGGCCCGGGUCAUUCUCAUCAUGUGUACCAACCUCGCGGCUGCACAAAGAGUGAUAUUCUGGGAAAGGAAAUAUUCUGUUACGGUUCUAGACUCAGUUGCAACCGUGUUGUACGAAACAUCAGGACUUGCUAGUGAGUGGGGUUCGUUAUUCAAUAUCGGAACAGAACCGGUCCACGACAAUAGAUAG